AUGUCUCUUCAACGCAGGACGUUUGCGUCGAAUCUGGACGCGGGGUUACCUCAGGUUCAGCGCAACAAGGCUGAGAAUGGAGGAGAAAAGAAAUUUGGCUCUUUUGAUAUUUCAGGAAAGGUUUUCGUAGUUACAGGCGGAGGUCAUGGCCUAGGACUAUGCAUGGCAGAAGGUCUCGUAGAAGCUGGUGGCAGAGUCCACUGUCUCGAUCGAUUGCCAGAGCCUCCCAAAGCAUUUCAAGAAGCGCAAGCACGAGCGAACAGUUCCAAUGAUGCAGGUCUAAGAUACCACGCCGUUGACGUCACACACGACGAAGCCAUUCAAAAAUGUAUCCAAGAUAUCGCGGAUCAAAAACAAAGACUCGAUGGUCUCAUCGCAGCCGCAGCAGUCCAACAAGUCACCCCAGCCCUCGACUUCCAAAAAGAAGACAUUGCAAAAAUACUCGACGUAAACUUCACCGGCGUCUUCCUGACCGCCCGAGAAUGUGCCCGCCAAAUGCUGCGCUACAAAAUUCAAGGCUCAAUCUGCCUCGUCGCCUCCAUGAGCGGUACCAUUGCAAACCGGGGUUUCCUAGCCCCCGCGUACAACUCCUCAAAAGCAGCAGUCGUCCAACUAGCACGCAGCUUGGCAAUGGAGUGGGGAAGGAAGAACGAAGACGGGUCUGGUGGAAUUCGGGUCAAUUCGCUGAGUCCUGGGCAUAUUAUUACGCCAAUGGUUCAGGCGAAUUUCGAUGCGGGCGAGGCGGAUCCGAGAGAGUGGGAGAAUAAUAGUAUGUUGGGACGGCUUAGUACGCCGGAAGAGUAUAAGGCAGCGGGAUUGUUUAUGCUGAGUGAUGCGAGUAGUUAUAUGACGGGGCAUGAUUUGAAGAUUGAUGGGGGGACGACUGCUUGGUGA